GCGUCAACAAAUCAUAAGAGGAUGUCAAUUGUCUCUUGGAUUUCCAGAUAGGGGUGAGCAUUGUUAUGUCACACAAUGCCAACUACAUUAUAAUGUUAUGCGGUGAGCUAGUGACAGGGCAUAAUGAUAAGAUGCCGGCCCUUGCAUGCUGCGUAGAUGCUACGCCUCCUGGCUACGCGGCCUUCUUUGCCGAGGAAGGUUCCCAUGCCUCGUCGAUUCCUUUCUCUUCCACAACCACCACCGCCACCAUUGCGGCUGCCAUUGAGAACUCAAACCCAUUAGCCACCCUCUGGACGCCCCUUCUCUCCACCGCCCUUUACUGCAUCGAUGCUUGGGGCCAGCCUUACUUUGGCGUCAAUCCCUCUGGCAACAUCUCUGUUCGCCCUUACGGCUCGAGAACUCAUCCUUGUUGGAGUUAAUCCCGAUUUUGAAGCUAAUUGUUUUGAAUGAGUCUUAGUUAAUGGAGUUUAUGUGCCCUACUAUUGUGGUUGCUGAUAGCCACGUUUCCUUAUCUUUAAGUUUCAGUUUGUAGUGGCUAGAAAAUAGGAGUUUAUGCUUUAUUAGCCUAUUAUAAAUAGGCAGUUGUUAU